UUUUUUUUUUUUUGGGGGGGUUCAAUUUUGGUGAGAUUUAGAGUCUAAAUGGAGAUAUUCAAGCUCUCUGUUUUCUACUUCUUCCUCGUUGUAUUGGUUUUCUCUUCUGGUUUUGUUUAUGGGAAGGAGUGCACGAAUAUUCCAACUCAGCUCUCUUCCCACUCGUACCGGUUCGAGCUCUUGUCGUCAGAGAAUGAAACUUGGAGGGAAGAGAUGUUUUCGCAUUAUCAUCUAAUCCCAACAGACGACUCCGCAUGGAUCAACUUGCUUCCUAGGAGGAUUUUGAGCGAAGAUGGGGAGGAACGUAAUUGGGCGAUGAUGUACAGAAGAAUGAAAUACUCUGAUAACACUAAUAAGCCUCAAGAGGCAGGGAGUUUUCUCAAGGAAGUCUCGCUACACGACGUGAGAUUGGAUCCGAAUUCCCUACAUGGGCGGGCUCAGCUGACAAACUUGGAGUACUUGUUGAUGUUGGAUGUGGAUAGCUUGGUCUGGAGUUUUAGAAAGACGGCAGGUUUGCCAACUCCUGGGACGGCGUAUGGAGGAUGGGAGGACCCAACUACCGAGCUUCGGGGUCAUUUCGUGGGGCAUUACAUGAGUGCCUCGGCACAAAUGUGGGCUAGUACUUACAAUGCCACUCUACUUGAGAAAAUGUCUGCUGUGGUUUCUGCACUUGAUGCCUGUCAGAAGCAAAUGGGCUCAGGUUACCUAUCAGCUUUCCCAUCUGAGCAGUUUGACCGUUUUGAAGCUAUACAACCAGUGUGGGCACCAUACUACACCAUUCACAAGAUCUUGGCAGGCCUUUUGGAUCAAUACAUGUUGGCUGGUAAUACUCAAGCUUUAAAUAUGGUGGUGUGGAUGGUUGAGUACUUCUACAACCGUGUUCAAAAUGUCAUAUCAAAGUAUUCUGUUGAAAGGCAUUAUCUGUCACUUAACGAAGAAACUGGCGGCAUGAAUGAUGUCCUUUAUAAGCUAUACAGCAUAACAGGUGAUCAGAACCAUUUGGUAUUAGCUCACCUUUUUGAUAAACCAUGCUUUCUAGGUUUGCUUGCAGUGAAGGCGGAGAGCAUUUCUGGUUUUCAUGCUAAUACUCAUAUCCCAGUUGUCAUUGGAUCUCAAAUGCGUUAUGAAACAACUGGUGAUCCGCUUUACAAGGAAAUAGGGACAUUUUUUAUGGAUCUCGUUAAUUCUUCACACAGCUAUGCUACGGGUGGAACAUCAGUUAGUGAGUUCUGGUCUGACCCAAAACGCCUUGCAAACACUUUGCAGGCAGAGAAUGAAGAAUCUUGCACUACAUACAAUAUGCUAAAGGUUUCUCGCCACCUAUUUAGAUGGACCAAGGAAAUGGCAUAUGCAGAUUAUUAUGAGCGUGCCCUGACGAAUGGUGUUUUAAGUAUCCAGAGAGGAAGGGAGCCUGGAGUUAUGAUCUAUAUGCUUCCUCAGGGCCAUGGGGUAUCCAAGGCCCGAAGUUACCAUGGAUGGGGAACAAAGUUCAACUCUUUCUGGUGUUGCUAUGGGACAGGAAUCGAAUCAUUCUCAAAGUUAGGAGAUUCGAUUUACUUUGAGGAGGAGGGGACACUUCCUGGUCUUUAUGUGAUCCAGUUUAUAUCAAGCAAUUUUGAUUGGAAAUCUGGACAGGUUGUGCUAAAUCAAACAGUAGAACCUGUUGUUUCAUGGGAUCCUUUCCUUCGACUGACGUUGGCAUUUUUUACAAAGGAGUUUAUACAGGGAGCAGAUCAAUCAUCAACCUUGAAUUUGCGGAUUCCACUUUGGACAUAUUCAAAUGGUGCCAAGGCAGCAUUAAAUGCACAGAAUUUGGAUUUACCUCAACCAGGUACUUUCCUGGCAGUCACAAGGCAAUGGAGUUUUGGAGACAAAUUGACUCUUCAGCUACCCAUUGGUCUAAGAACAGAGGCCAUAAAAGAUGACCGACCUGAGUUUGCUUCUCUACAGGCGAUCCUUUAUGGGCCCUACCUUCUUGCCGGUCUGACUAGUGGCGACUGGGACAUUAAAACAGGACCAACAAACUCACCCUCGGACUGGAUUACUGCAGUCCCAAGUAGUUAUAGUUCUCAGCUGAUCUCUCUUUCCCAAGUGGUCAGCAAUGAGACGUUUGUCUUUGUGAACUCCAACAAUUCCAUUACAAUGGAGAAGUUACCAGAACGAGGCACAGAUUCUGCUGUCCAUGCAACAUUCAGACUUAUCUCCGAAGACAUGAACUCCUCUAAUUUCUCGUCUCCGACAGAUGUCAUUGGCAAGUCAGUUUUGCUAGAACCAUUUGAUCUUCCUGGGAAGCUGGUGAUGCAACAAGGACCAAAUGGAUAUCUUUCUGUGGCAAGUGCAACUAGUGACAGGGAGUUGUUUAGAUUUAAGGUGGUGGCAGGAUUAGAUGGGAAGAAUAACUCAGUUUCCUUGGAGUCAGAGAGCCAUCAAGGGUGUUUUGUGUAUAGUGGGCUGAACUACAAGGCAGGCACAAGUGCUAAGCUCAGCUGCCAGUCAGGGACAGCAGAUGCUGGAUUCCAGCAGGCAGUAAGUUUUACCUUGGAUAAUGGAAGAAGAAAAUAUCAUCCCAUUAGCUUUGUGGCAAAAGGCGCGAGUCGGAACUUCUUACUGAUGCCAUUGCUGAGCUUGAGAGAUGAAUCUUACACACUUUAUUUCAAUAUAGGAGCUUAAGUUUAGGUGAGGAAGUGAGUUGUUCAAUGUGAAGCUAAAAGUUAUAUUGUUUUAAUUAAUUUUAUUUUUCUUUUUCUUUCUUUGCUUUGA